GACCACGUCUCAAGCCAGUCCCAGCACUAACAGCUUGCCCGAUAUCUCUACUCGUCGUUAGCUGCAGUCGAAGACUAAAGUUUCGAGUUCAGACCAGACAGGCGAGAUGAAGGCUUUCCUGAUAAUCGCCGCUUGCCUAGCGGCCUCAGCCUCUGCCGUCAAACUUACCGUUUCUGGAAGCAGUUUGAUGUACGGCGGUGAAAAGGUAUACUUGAGCGGCGCCAACGCUGCGUGGAACAGUUAUGGCUAUGACUUCGGCAACGGUGGCUACGACGGCAGCCUCGAGACUUGGCUCGCUGAAGUCAAAGCUGCCGGUGGAAACUCCUUCCGAAUUUGGGUGCACGUCGAGGGCUACAGCACACCUAACUUCGACAGCGACGGCUACGUGACCGCGUGCGACCGCACCGGAGAUUUCAUCAACGAUGUCAAGAAAUUCCUUGACGCGGCGCAGGCCAACGACAUCCUCGUCACUCUGACCCUCUGGAACGGCGCCGUGAUGGGCAACCAGGCCUACAUCAACCUGGUCUGGGACGACAGCAAACUGCAGACCUACCUUGAUAACUGCCUCGCGCCACUAGCUUCUGCGCUCAGCGGUCAUCCAGCUCUUGCAGCCUAUGAAGCCAUCAACGAGCCAGAGGGAUCCGUCCGGGUGGAGUCUAACAGCAACUCGUGCUACGACACGACAGUGAUCGGGCAGUCCGGUGCUGGCUGGACCGGUGUGGGCAUUCCUAUGGAGAGAUUCUUGACUUUCAUCGGCAAACAAAACAUCGUUAUUAAGCAAAACGACCCCUCAGCUCUGGUUACUCUCGGCUCGUGGGGCCAGUUCCCCCAGUCGGACGCGUUCUCGAACACCAAGAAUCACUACUCAGAUGCCUGCCUGAACGGUGCAGCUGGGUCAGGUGCCCAGCUCGACUUCUAUCAGAUGCACACCUACGACUGGGGCAGCAGCUGGAGCCCCAAUGCUCCUUUCACUGUAAGCGCCUCGGACUACAAGCUCGACCGCCCCAUCGUCAUCGGAGAGUUCGCGUCUGUCUGCUCCCUCAACACGCCGCUCUCCGACCUCCACAACUACGCCUACAGCCAUGGCUACGCGGGCACCUGGACAUGGCACUGGACCGCUACGGGCGGCUGCUCGGACACGCGUCAGGUGCAGGCCGACGGUCUGGCCACCCUCGCCGACCGCACCGACAACGGCCUCGUCAAUAUCGACGUGCGCUAAACCACAGUCGUGCGUGACAUGAAUGAUUCGUUAACGACAAGGAUGACCAACAUUGAUUAUUAGUUAUAAUUACCCUGAAGUAACACAUCAACAAUUAGUAAACGAUGAACAUCAUCUUUCAGUCAACAACCCCACCGUUCAGCAUGAGCGAUCAGUUAAGAACCCUGAUGCUCAAUAAUAAUGAUCAAUUAACAGCCGGACUUGAAAGAUCAACGAUCAGUUAAGAACCCUGUUUCGCAAUAUCAACGUUGAGUUUAGAACCCUGACGCAUAAUAUCAACGAUCAUUCAAGAACGGUGAUUUGCGAUAUCAACGAUCAGUAGGCAACCUCACUACAAUGUUAUAUACAUGUCUAAGUUUCUAGCCCAAGGGAGGAGAUCGUUACCAGUAAACAAUCGUAAACUAAACUACUGCCUGCAAGUGCAACCUAACAGUGCUGGAAACUAUAACAUUAAAUUUAACAAAAAUAAUAUUAACGGCCAUGCAAAUAUAACUUCAUCAGCAUUCA